CCUCCUGAUAACACAGCAGGUAAGACAUCAGAAGGAGCUGAAGAGGCAGGUGAGUUAUGUCACACACCACCCUAGAGAAGUCCACGGCUGCCUCUGCUUUUGAGUCCAACUGAAUUCUAGAAGGAGCAGGGGUGAUGGCUCGCCACCACUGACGGAUGGCGGGAAUGUACCUCACGCACACGGCCCACUGGCAGUUUCUGGGCCUGCUCACCGGGGUGGUGGCAUGGAUCCUCACCAUGGCAACGGCCGGCCUCAAUGAAUGGCGGCUGUGGUACGUGAACGACGUCUCUGUCAUCAACUCAGGCGUGGCCUGGGUGGGCAUCUGGAGGGCGUGCUUCUACAGCCAUGUCCUGCCCAGCACCGAGACCUGUCAGAGCUUGAGCUUCUCCGACAGCUUUCUUCCCGCCGAGAUCCCCUCGGCUCAGGUUCUCAUGAUCCUGGCGGUCAUCUUUGGCCUGGCGGGGAACAUCAGCGCUGCCGUGGCCAUGAGGCUGGCCUACUUCUCUGUGGAGGAACAGGGCAAAAUACCAGCCGUCUUCGUGCUGGCGGGGACCUUGUAUCUGCUCACAGCAACCACGUCCAUGGUGCCGCUGAUGUGGAACAUGAGCUCCGUGCUCAGAAACGGCACCAUAGAGUUCCCCCAUGACUCCUACCUCCCUGCUGCUCCUGCCCGGCAGAGUGUCGGUGCAGCCAUCGGCGUGGGCAUCAUCGCCUCUGUCAUGAUGCUUUUGAGCGGCAUGCUGUUCCUCUGCUAUCGGUACGCAUGGCGAGCCCCUGAGAAAACCACAGACCCCCUCAACGGACCCUGGACGCUGACUACACUACCCCACGGUCCAGAGUCGUCAAAGGCUGCCAGCAGAGGUGAAGACAAUCCCACUUUCCACACAGAAGAAGCCCUGUGAUCCUUUUCAUCCACGGAUUCAUGGGUGUCAAGACAGAAACUGAUGCUGGGAGGAAAUUUAGGAAAAGUCCUGUCACUGAUUAAAUCCGUCUCAAAGCAAGCAGAUUAUGUAAAAAAAUUGAAAAAUAAAAA